UUUGCCCUUAAAGUCACAUAAUACUUUACCUCUCCACUGUUAUAGCUAAUCAAUUGUCCAUAUUCUGGUGAUAGAAACUUCCAGCAAGGCAAACAUAUAAAAACAUAUAAUUAACACAUCCUUAGGGACAUCUGUCGGGGUCAUGUCAAAGCGCCAACGUGACGCAUUCGGGGGGCCGAACAAGAAGGUUGCCAAGAAUAAGUUUAAGAGAUUGGUCCGCAAUGUCAUCCUCAAUAUGCAGUGGCUCAAUGAGGCCGCCGAGGAAACGGGUAUGUCCCUCAAUGUGAAGAAAAACGUGGCCAUGUCGGUGCGCCAGAAGCGCAAGGUUGGCAUGAUGACCAUGGCGGAAAAAUCUCUGCUGCGUACACCGCAUUCCUCGCGGUCCGUUGACGAGCGAAAGAAACUAUGCAACAUUGUGGCCGGCUUGUCCUGCUUCUCCAAGUUCUCACCGAAGGUACGCGCUCGCCUGGUGCCGUAUGUCAAGUUCAUGGCCGUCAAUUCGGGACGCACCAUCAUGAAGGAGGGUGACCAGCCAGUGACCAUUUAUUUUAUAAUCGCCGGUGAGGUGGAAAUGUCCAAGAAUAUCUUGAAUAAGAACACCAAGGUAGUAGAGCCGACCAGUGAGGCGAUUUUCGGGCCUGGGGAUUGCAUUGGGGACAUAGAUAUUCUAGAGAUCCCCAGGACCAAUACAUAUGUGGCCACAUCGAACUGUGAGCUCCUGGUCGUAUUUAAGCAUGUCUACGAACUGGUCCUGAUGCAUUCAAUGCAGAAGCUGUGGCUGGAAAAGAAGGCUGCCCUGAAAGCCCUGGACUACUUUGAUUUCUUCAACGAGGAGCAGACGGUGAAUGCCUGCAGAUACGCGAAUAUACAACAGUAUGAUACCCUGGAAACGAUCUACACCGAGGACGAGGGCUCCAUGAGUCCCGUCUACUUUGUGCUCAGCGGAGAGUGUGUCAUACUGCAGUGUCUCCAUAUGAAGGUGAAUAUGGUUAAUCGGGAGAAGGUCUAUCAGCUGGCCAAGGUGGUCAAGACGUUGUCUGUGGAUGAUAUAUCAAAAGAUAGGAGCGAAGAAUUCGAUGCACAAGCGUAUGUAAUGAGCACAUCCUCGAAUGAUGAGCAAAAACAGAGCAAGGCGCGGGGGCUUCGCCGGAUGGGCCUGAAGGAGAUACAGAAGGCGUGUGCCGAAAUGACCAGAUCUGCCAUCCGGAGGUCCACAAAGGGCGAAGGGUCACGCCAAAAGUCACGAAGACGCACCCGGGACCGGAUUACUCGGGGUGGGAAAUCGAACAAAACUAAGGAGCUCUACGAGCGAUAUUUAACCGGGGCGGAUGAGGCCGAGGAAGAGUACGAGGACUACUACGAUCUUUCGGAUACCGAUGAAAGUAUCUACUCGCAGUCAACGCAGCACUCCCGGUCGACCGAGAGCACCGAAAUGAUCGAGGAGUACGAGACGGAGGAAUCCGAGAUAUUCACCGCCACCCAUGAGACGCCAGAGAGUGUUCGUAGCAAGGGUUCGAGCGAAUCGCUGGACACGGAUCGCUAUGAGACACACUUCAUCGACGUGGGCUCUCUGUCCUAUGGCGGUAUCUUUGGGCUUGGCGAGGCGAGUGCCCAUCGCGUGAUCAUGGCCCGCACCACGGUCCAGUGCAUCCUGAUACCGCGCUUCUGGCUCCUCGAGAAUCCCCAGAAUCCUGGAAAUUUGUGGCAGCGCAAACGUUUCUAUAUCGAAUGCAAUAUCCCCACCAGGGAGGGUCUGUUCAAGAACUUUCUGAAGACACGCAAGUGGGAGAAGUUCCGGCAUGAUUACAUUCAGAGUAUCCUGGAUAUCAAUACCCUUUCUAUUUGCACCAAGGUCGAGGAUAUUCCAAUCAUUAGUCGCAUUGUUGAGACGGGGCCCGAAGAUGCCUAAAAUCUGCCCCUUUCAAUCAAUUUGUUUACAUAUAUACAUAUAUUUUCACGUUCGCAGCAUUAUAAAAUUAUUAC